AUGGUUCAGGACACAGCAUCUCAGAAUACCCAAGUUGUUGGAGUUGCGGAACGCCUUGGCAACAUGCUUCUGAACCUGCAAGGCCUCAACGCUAUGCAAUGGGGCUCUCUAGACGGUGGUGUACUAUCCUAUGUCUUUUCGCUCUUAUAUUGCUGCAUCGCGGAAUGCUACGAGCUCGAAUCUACUCCGCUAGCAAUGUCGUCGCUACGCGAUGGCCUUACCGCCUGCAAUUUGGCUCUUCAAUGUGUGCAUGGCGCAGCUUUGAUAAAUCAGGACAACAAGAGAUCAGUAUCUUCACAACAGCAGAAAGUCACGGAGGCCAUAGGAGAAGCAGUCAUCAAUUUGUUGAAGGACACUCGUGAGCCAGGUGCUGCGGCCGCAUCUGGCCACAUGCAUGUGAGAUUCGGCGGAGGAAACCGUGGUAUUCAAGUCGCUGAGUAUCAUGGAAACAUGGGACACUUAAUCUUUCCUCUCUAG